AAGCGCGAGAUAGAAACUUGGGCGCGCAGCAGUACAUGAUUAGCUCGCGGCGCGCGGUGCGCUUUUUUAAUGAAAGCGUGUACUGUAUUUGAUCCACCAGCUCAUUAACAUCACAGAUGUUUGUGCGCUGCAUGCAUACAUACAGUGUUCUCGUGAAGUCUGUUCUGUCGGUGCGUUUUGAGCGAACAUCAGGGAAAUGUCGUGGUGGGCGCGCGGCGAGGAUGAGGAAGAGGCCAUGUGUCAGGACACAGACUCCGAUGUGGCUGAUCAGAAGGAUUGUGGGAGAGUGAAAGUCAAGUGGACCCAAGAGGAGGAUGAUAAGCUGCGAAAAUUGGUGCUGAACUUUGGACGGAAUGACUGGAAAUACAUCGCUGGCUUGUUGCCUAAUCGAUCGGAGCAUCAGUGUCAGCAUCGCUGGUUCAAAGUUUUGGAUCCUGAUCUCGUCAAAGGACCCUGGACAAAGGAGGAGGAUGAGAAGGUGAUUGAGCUCGUGAAGAAGUACGGCAACAAGCAGUGGGCGAUGGUGGCCAAGCACCUGAAGGGCCGUCUCGGGAAGCAGUGCAGAGAGCGCUGGCACAACCACCUCAAUCCAGACGUCAAGAAGUCUUCCUGGACCCCAGACGAAGAUCUCAUCAUCUACAAGGCUCACUGUGUGCUGGGCAACCGCUGGGCCGAGAUCGCCAAACUGCUUCCGGGAAGAACGGACAAUGCUGUCAAAAACCACUGGAACUCCACUAUCAAGCGUAAAGUAGAGACGGGUUACUACGCCGGCGUGGACACGACGCUUCCGGUGCUGCAGCAGACGGAGACUGAAGAGCUGGUGUCUGAGGAGAGCGUGCAGCGGCAGGAUCCGGAUGCUCAUGAGAAAGUCACCUCUGCUCCACAGAAAACUGCAUCUCCCAAGACUCCGAAAGCUCCAGCGACCCCCAAAAGUGAAGCUGGAGACUCGACUGUGUCCACGUGGGUGAUGGACCGCUCCGGCUUCCUCUCUCCCUCAGCGGCCCCCACGCUAAAGGAGGUGAUGGAGCUGAUGGAUGGGGAUCUUGAGGGCUGGUGUACGAUGUCGGACUUUGAGCUGCCGGAGGAGAGCCAGAGCCCCGAGCUGCUGCAGUUUCGUCUGGAGGGCAGCACCCUGCAGGAGCUCAGCAAGGGCAGCAAAGGGGAGCUCAUCCCCAUCUCACCCGGCGGGGCGACGCCUCCGUCCAUCCUGAGCCGCCGCAGUCGCCGCCGCAUCGCCCUGUCCCCAGACCCCAACGACUCCAUGACCCCCAAGAGCACACCGGUCAAAAUCCUGCCUUUCUCUCCUUCACAGUUCCUUAAUAUGUGGACCAAGCAAGACACACUGGAGCUGGAGAAUCCUUCUCUGACGUCGACUCCUGUCUGCAGCCAGAAGGCCACCGUCACGACACCCCUGCACCGCGACAAAACCCCACUCACGCAAAAGGAGAACUCCCUCUUUAUCACACCUAAUCACAAAUCUGACCUGGAUACGACUCCCCGAACCCCCACUCCAUUUAAAAACGCCUUGGAGAAAUACGGCCCUCUGCGGCCCCUGCCUCCGACCCCAAAUUUGGCGGAAGACCUUAAAGAAGUGUUGCGCAGCGAGGCAGGAAUUGAGCUGAUAGUAGAAGAUGAAACUCCUACAGAGAAGAAACGCAAACAAGUGUACCGGCCGCUGAUGAAGAAAGUGCGUAAAUCUCUGGCUCUGGAUGCCAUUGACUGCAGUGAGACUGUUGCUGCACGAAAGCAGCAAAUGAAACACACAGUCAAAACGAGUCCGAAGGCUCACAUGGCACGGUCGCUCUCUCUCGUGUCCUCUUGUGAUGUGAAGAAGGAAGAGAAUGUGUUGGAUCAAGGAUUUAUUCUUGGCCCGAAUGAGAGCGGGCUGCCCACUAAAGCUGUGUCUCCCACACUGAAACAGAGUCCUCCGUUACCUGUGAUGUCUCCAGCCUGGGAAACUGUUGUCUGUGGACGGACGAAAGACCAGCUGAUCAUGACAGAGAAAGCAAGGCGCUACCUUCGCUCUUUAAAAUCUCAUGCACCAAACCGAGCGCUCAUACUUUCCUGAUCCCACGCCGAGUCCCAGUGCAGCUUCUGGAUCAUUUUUCUACAAAGCAUAAUGUCAAAUUUGUUGAUAAAAAAAAAAAUAAAAUGUAAAUGUCAUGUAGAAUAUGAAACCAAUUACUGUUCCAGAAUAGACACUUUAAUGCUGAUAAUGCUCUUGUCCUGUUUUCAUUUAACCCUGUAUAAUAAGUGUUGCUAUUUUUUUAAUUUAUGUAUUGUCAACCUGUUUUUGAUGUGGCAGCAAAUAUAAGCUGAGUAAAUGAUCAGGUUGCUGUUCAGGGAUCUCAGUAUCAUUUUAUAUUCUGUUCUGCAUAUCUGUAAGGAUAACUAGACUCGCUCAUGUGAUGUACUCGCUGUAUAUACAGUCUGUAUUAAAAGAAAUCAGUUGACACA